GUGAAAAUGUGUGCUGCAGCCUGUUGUACAGUUAAGUUUCAUUAAUAGAUUUUUAUUUUCUAUAAAUCAUGAUUCCUAGAAAAUUUUUGAUUCAAAAUUGUUAGAAUCCUUUAAAAAUAAGAUUUAAAACAUUUAUGACAUCAUGUGGGUGCAAGAACCUGUUAUUGACUAGAAGAGCCGCUGCUAUACCUGACACCAGCGCGCGCGCCUCCGCACGUGCAUGCGGAUUCCUUGUUAAUUCAGUGUAACCUUCCGACUCCGCCGUAAAGAUAACUUUUUAGUGCGGCGGUUAGAAGUCUAAAGUUUUUGUGACUUCAUUUAUUCCCGUGUAUAAGUGGUCAUGUUUUUUAAGUUGAUCUAAUUCGGACUUUGAUGUUUAGGUUUUCGGACACGGGGACUUGUUGCACUUGGGGACACCGGUGCUGCGUCAAGGAAGGUGAAUCCAGAAUCUUUGAGGUAUCACCAACACCUUCUGCUGCUGCAUAUCUGUGAGACAGAGUCUCCUGAGAGAGCGCGCAGGGCUCCAUGGCUUCUAACACCUAAAAUGAAAAAGAAAAAAGCAGUCCUGCAUUAACAGUUGACGUGCUCCAGAUUCUACCAGCACUCGAGAACUGUUGUGCAAAGUGUGUCGUCCCGUCUACUGGACUGACUGACCUUUUUCCACGAGAUUUCUGCUUAAACACAACGGCAAAGGAGGGGAUAAACACACAGGGAUUCAUCUAUAAUUUUAGUCUAUGGAAAUGCAGGAUCUAGCCAGUCCUCACAGCCGAGUAAGUGGAAGCAGUGAAUCUCCUAAUGGUCCCAACCUCGACAACUCGCACAUCACUAACAAUUCCAUGACACCUAAUGGCACUGAAGGUGAUAACAUCACAAUGCUUACCACUGCAGACUGGUUGUUAGGUUCUAACUCAGAGUCCACUGCAGUUAAAACAGAGCCAAUGAGCAGCAGUGAAAUUGCCUCCUCAGUUGCAGACACCCUAGACAGCUUCUCAGGAUCAGCUAUUGGAACCAGUGGCUUCAGCCCAAGACAAACGCACCAGUUCUCUCCGCAGAUUUACCCUUCCAAAACAUAUCCGCAUAUUCUUCCUACCCCUUCGUCCCAAAACAUGGCGGCGUAUGGACAGACGCAGUACACCACAGGAAUGCAGCAAGCCGCAGCUUAUGCUAGCUACCCUCAGCCGGGCCAGCCCUACGGCAUCCCAGCUUAUGGUCCAUUGUGGGCAGGCAUAAAGACGGAGGGGGGCCUGAGCCAGUCCCAAUCCCCAGGACAGACGGGCUUCCUGAGCUACAGCUCCGGCUUUACCACACCGCAGACCGGACAGGCCCCCUACAGUUACCAAAUGCAGGGUGGUACUUUCACGACGACGUCAGGACUGUAUGCAGGAAACAACUCCCUGACAAACUCGGCGGGCUUCAACAGCACACAACAGGAGUACCCCACUUAUCCAGGCUUUGGCCAGGGCCAGUAUGCUCAGUAUUACAACAGCUCACCCUACACCUCACCCUACAUGACGAGUAACAACACCAGCCCCAGCACACCCUCCACCACCACCACGUACACCCUCCAGGAGCCGCCCACUGGUAUCACAAGUCAAGCCCUCACAGAGAACCCUGCAGGAGAGUACAGUACCAUCCACAGUCCAUCAACCCCCAUUAAAGAUUCAGAUUCAGAUCGAUUGCGCCGGGCCUCGGAUGGAAAGUCACGUGGCCGUGGAAGAAGGAACAACAACCCAUCACCGCCGCCCGACUCCGACCUUGAGCGGGUUUUCAUCUGGGACCUGGAUGAAACAAUCAUCGUUUUCCAUUCCUUACUCACGGGUUCUUAUGCCAACAGAUAUGGACGGGAUCCGCCAACAUCUGUGUCUUUAGGCCUGAGGAUGGAAGAGAUGAUCUUCAACUUGGCUGACACACAUUUAUUCUUUAAUGACUUAGAGGAAUGUGACCAGGUACACAUCGACGACGUGUCAUCUGAUGACAACGGCCAGGAUCUAAGUACGUAUAACUUCAGCGCCGAUGGUUUCCAUGCAGCUGCCACCAGUGCCAACCUGUGCCUGGCCACAGGCGUGCGCGGAGGCGUGGACUGGAUGAGAAAACUGGCCUUCCGCUACAGACGAGUAAAAGAAAUCUACACCACCUACAAAAAUAACGUCGGAGGUCUGCUGGGCCCGGCCAAAAGGGAAGCCUGGUUGCAAUUGCGAGCAGAAAUUGAAGCCUUGACGGACUCCUGGUUAACACUGGCACUGAAAGCACUAACAUUAAUCCACUCAAGGUCAAACUGUGUGAAUAUCCUGGUGACCACCACGCAGCUCAUCCCUGCCCUGGCAAAAGUCCUGCUUUACGGCUUGGGAGUCGUCUUUCCUAUAGAAAAUAUUUAUAGUGCAACCAAAAUAGGAAAGGAGAGCUGCUUCGAGAGAGUAAUUCAAAGGUUCGGGAGGAAAGUUGUUUACAUUGUUGUUGGAGAUGGAGUAGAAGAAGAGCAAGGCUCGAAAAAGCACAACAUGCCCUUCUGGAGGAUCUCCAGCCACUCAGACCUCAUGGCCCUCCAUCACGCUCUAGACCUGGAGUAUUUGUAGCACUGCACCACCAUCACACCUCCCAGCACCUCAGCACACCGAGCAACCUUUCUGCAUCACCCGCCGGCCCUGACCUACGCUAGCCGCAGCCGCCGGGGCGAGGACAGAGGAAAGGCCCCCUUUAAUGCCGCCUGGCAUCUGUCUUUUACCCCAAAUGAAGAAAAGACGAGGAGAGUGGAAAAAGGAGCACGUGGACGGCGUGCUGACACACAGUCGCUCAUCGUUUUAACCCCGAACAGUUUUUUUUUUCCUCUUCUAACCGAAGGAAAGCUAGCGGUGAAUUUACGACGCAGCAGCUGUUUGCCCUUGGUUUCUGUGAAUCAGCCACUUUCUGAAGCUGUCAGAGUGUUUUACGGCCUCCCCCCGGUUUGUACCGAGACUUUGUUCAGGGUUCACACCUGUGAUGAAAGCAGGGCUGCCGCCUCGCCACAGAACUCGACUACUGCUGGUGACUUCUCCGCAUCCUUCUCGCUUCAUCACCGUCUGCUCUUCCCGUUUUCUUCAUUUGAUCAACCCACUUUCAAAGCCACCUCGACGAAGCUCCGCCGUCAAGAGUCGGCCCGGGAGUCUUUUAAUUUAUGAACAGAGACUUGUGGCACGGCGCCACGGGGAAGGUACCUCAAUGACAAAGACUUGUGCCUUUCACAAAGUACUAUUGAUUUCCACCACAUUGAAUGGAAGAAACGUACAAAAAUGGGGGUUUUCUAAUAAUUUAAGAAAAUUAACAAAAAACUUUAUUUACAACGCUGAGACAAUCGUGUACAGAAGAAAAAAUUUUGUGUGUGUAAGUUUGUAAUCACUGGACUGUUCUUCCCUAUAUUCAUUUAGGUACAGCAACAAUGCUUUUCAAUGGAAGUACAAAAAAAAAGACAUCCCCUCGCAAACUCGUGCGACACCUAAAAGUGUUGAUGUGUUCAAGUUACGUUUGAUAAACAAAAUAUGUAGAUAAUGGAAUUAUGUGAUUUUGUCAAGACCAAAAGCAUGGGUGUCAAGUGUCAAGGACCUUUCCUUUCAUCCUGUCAUAUUUACGCUUCUCAAACACACAUUUCACGUGUUUUUUACCGGAAAGGUAGCUCCACCUGUGUCCUUAUUGCAUCUCACCAGCUUGCAGCCCUGACCCCACUGACCCCACAGCAGACUUCCCUCUGGUGAUGGUCUCUGCCUCCCGAGAGCCGAUUGAAAGACAAAUUUGAAUAUUUAAACAAGCCGGCUUGAAUAGGUUUAUUAUCUUUUAUACAAGCACUAUAAAACUAAAAAAAACUCUUGUACAGCAGGCAUAAUUUUGUAUGAUGUAGUGUUUUUAUUUCAACAUUGACAAGACAUUCUGCCCCCCCCCAUCUCUCUUUAACUUCAUUUGUUGGGUAUGAGGGGAGGUCAAAUUAGCCGUAAGAGAAAAGCCACUAACUUUCCGGGGUU